AUGGCGGACCUUACGAGGCCCCCUCUUUGUGACAUAAAACGACCCGAAGAAGUGGUGAAGAUGUCGAUGACCGACAAUCUAAAGUUUGCCGUCUUGAUCGGGCUGAUCGAGGUGGGCCAGGUGUCAAAUCGCGAGGUCGUCAACACGGUGCUGCAUUUGCUUGUCGGCGGGGAGUUCGACAUGGAGCUGAACUUUGUAGUGCAGGAUGCACAGAAUGUAAAACACAUGCUGGAGCUGCUAGAUCACUGCACAGCCAACCUUCAAGCAGAGGUGUGGAGCGUAUUCAUAGCGAUCUUGAAGAAGAGUGUGCGUAACUUGCAGGCCUGUACCGAGGUCGGUCUCAUCGAGCAUGUUUUGGGCCGCCUGCAUCAGGCCGAACCGAUUGUAGCAGAUCUUCUUAUUGAGAUGCUUGGCGUGCUAGCAAGCUACAGCAUCACGGUGAAGGAACUAAAGUUGCUGUUCGGUGCAAUGAAGGCAGUCAACGGGAAGUGGCUCCGUCACUCAGCCAAGCUACUGAAUGUGCUGAAGCAGAUGCCUCAUCGCAACGGUCCAGAUGUAUUUUUUAGUUUUCCUGGUCGCAAAGGUUCGGCCGUCGUACUUCCUCCAUUAGCCAAAUGGCCAUAUGAAAAUGGCUUCACUUUCAGCACCUGGUUCCGGCUGGAUCCUAUCAACUCUGUGAACAUCGAGCGUGAAAAACCUUACCUAUACUGUUUUAAAACGUCCAAGGGGGUCGGUUAUACGGCUCAUUUCGUAGGCAACUGCCUUGUCCUUACCUCAAUGAAAGUGAAGGGCAAGGGAUUCCAGCACUGUGUCAAAUAUGAGUUUCAGCCGCGUAAGUGGUACAUGAUUGCCAUUGUAUAUAUCUACAACCGGUGGACGAAGAGUGAGAUCAAGUGCCUGGUGAACGGACAGCUGGCUUCCAGUACCGAGAUGGCUUGGCUGGUGUCGACCAACGACCCGUUCGACAAGUGCUACGUUGGUGCAACACCGGAGCUGGAUGAAGAACGCGUAUUUUGUGGACAGAUGGCCGCAAUCUACCUUUUCUCGGAAGCUUUAACAACGCAGCAAAUCUGCGCAAUGCAUCGACUCGGCCCUGGUUACAAGUCCCAGUUUCGUUUCGACAACGAGUGCUAUUUGAACUUACCGGACAACCACAAGCGGGUGAGUGACAUGGCAUCGAAAGACAGCCACUUGUCGUCCCUUUCGCCAACACCCCUUGCCCCGACCGAGUCCAGCAUCCAUAGAAAUCUAGUUAGCGGUAGUACGGCUCACAGUACCUCGGCCCAGCUCUCUGGUACCAGCGAACCAUCGCCCCCGUUUUCCACAUCCUCUGCGACUUCGGCCAAUUCAGCCUCAUCACCUGGCGUUGCGCUUGCUUCUACCGCCUCCGGCACCGGUUGCGAAUCGUUUGAUUUAGUAUCCGUUCUGUACGAUGGCAAGCUGUCAAGCGCAAUAGUUUUCAUGUACAAUCCUGUCGCAACUGAUGGCCAACUUUGUCUCCAAUCGGCUCCCAAGGGCAAUCUAUCGUACUUCGUGCAUACUCCACAUUCCUUAAUGCUGCAGGAUGUGAAGGCGGUUGUGACACACUCAAUCCACUGUACGCUGAAUUCGAUUGGCGGUAUCCAGGUGCUGUUCCCUCUUUUCUCCCAGCUUGACAUGCCAUACGAAGGAACAGAAGUUAGAAAGGAUCCUACAUUAUGUGCCAAACUUCUUGGGUUUAUUUGCGAGCUGGUGGAAAGUUCGCAAACCGUGCAGCAACACAUGAUACAGAACCGUGGCUUUCUAGUGAUAUCGUUCAUGCUACAAAGAUCGUCCCGUGAUCACUUGUCGCUAGACGUUCUAGGAUCGUUCCUAAGCCUCACGAAGUAUCUCGUGACAUGUUUGUCCGCCAACUCGGACCUGCUUCUCAAACAGCUCUUCUGUUUUUCUUUCCUUACAUGGCAGCUGCUCGAUCACGUGCUGUUCAAUCCAUCGUUGUGGAUCUAUACGCCGGCUACGGUGCAGGCUCGUCUUUACGCCUACUUAGCAACUGAGUUUCUCAGCGACACGCAAAUCUAUAGCAACGUGCGGCGUGUCAGCACCGUCCUUCAAACCGUGCACACCUUGAAGUUCUACUAUUGGGUUGUAAACCCACGUUCGAAAAGUGGAAUCACGCCGAAAGGGCUCGAUGGACCACGCCCGGCCCAGAAAGACAUAUUGGCGAUUCGGGCGUACAUUCUGCUUUUUUUGAAGCAGCUGAUCAUGAUCGGUAACGGAGUGAAAGACGACGAGCUGCAGAGCAUAUUGAACUAUCUGAUGACGAUGCACGAGGACGAAAAUUUGCACGAUGUUCUGCAGAUGUUAAUUUCACUGAUGUCCGAACAUCCGAGUUCGAUGGUGCCAGCAUUCGACGUGAAGCACGGUGUUCGCACUAUCUUCAAGCUACUGGCUGCCGAAAGUCAACUGAUACGCCUUCAGGCCCUCAAGCUUCUCGGCUUCUUUUUAUCACGCAGCACGCACAAGCGAAAAUACGACGUAAUGUCUCCGCACAAUCUUUACACGCUGCUCGCCGAGCGCUUGCUGCUGUAUGAAGAAUCAGUAUCGUUGCCUACCUACAACGUCCUUUACGAGAUCAUGACUGAGCAUAUCUCGCAGCAAAUACUGUAUGCGAAGCACCCGGAGCCAGAAAGCCAUUACCGCCUGGAAAACCCAAUGAUUCUCAAAGUGGUCGCCACGUUGAUAAGACAGUCGAAACAGUCGGAGCAACUAAUCGAGGUGAAGAAACUAUUUCUUUCCGAUAUGACGCUGUUGUGUAACAACAAUCGUGAAAACCGGCGUACGGUGCUGCAGAUGAGCGUAUGGCAGGAGUGGUUAAUUGCGAUGGCUUACAUCCAUCCGAAAAGCUCCGAGGAGCAAAAGCUAUCCGAUAUGGUGUACUCGCUAUUUCGCAUGCUGCUGCAUCACGCUAUCAAAUACGAGUACGGUGGGUGGCGAGUGUGGGUUGAUACGCUAGCCAUCGUUCAUUCGAAGGUGUCGUACGAGGAAUUCAAGCUGCAAUUUGCGCAGAUGUACGAACACUACGAAAAACAUCGCACGGACAACAUAACUGAUCCGGCGCUCCGACAACAGCGUCCCAUCAGCACGAUCAGCGGUUGGGAGCAUGGUGCUGGCAACGGUAGUAGCAAGGAAGCAGAUCUGGAAUUACAUAACGGUAGCGUCAACCAAGUGGUACCACCAUCACUGGUUGCCACCAGCACUACCAGUGGUUGUAUUUGCGAACCAGAAACCAAUGAAACUGCAAUCAAGAAGUCUGUUGUUUUGAAAACAAAUUGUGACAGCUUUCCGAUCGGUUCUCCCGGCCUUAUGGAUCGCGACAUUUUGGACGAAAGUGUUGUGGGUGAGGUGGAAGACGAAGAGGAUGACGACGAUGGACGACAGAUGGGACACCAAAGUGUUGACGACAAUGACGAGGAAGACGAUGAUGAGGAAGAGGAGGAGCAUGAAGUCGAUCAACAGGAAGACGGUGAAGUUGCUCCGUCUUACUCGCUUCACAGCAAUCAGGUCGCCUCGUCGGAAAUGGUGGUGAAGGAAAUAGUUGAUGAAAUCGUUGAUAAAUCGGUCAGGAAUGUUCUGUUGGUGAACGAUUCUGGCUUACCAUCUACCGGCGACGAUGUGCAGGAGAAAGUAAGGUGCGAACAGCACACCAAGGAAGCUUCCGACGAACCCACUUCAUCGCCCGUGAUUAAGGACGAAGAAAUCGAACUGGCGGUCAACGAGGUGGUAAAGAUGAGCCAGGAAACGUCGAAACCGUUGGACGAAGAGUGUAGCGGAGGAUCGGUGGACUUGAUCAACAACAACAAGAACACAAUUGCUGCCAGAAUUGACGACAGUGAUGACAAUGGAAUGGAAAUUGAUGCAAUCGUAGCUUCAAAAUGGUUUGGGGCCAGUGAGCGAAUUGUUGAUCGAAGCGAAACGCAAAGCAAUAUGACGGGCGAGGAGGAGCAAACCGUAACUGCGGUGCAACCACCAUUGUAUAAAGAUGAACAGGAUGAGGGAAGGGUGGCAAUGACGAUCCAUGCUAUCGUGGAAGAGCUGAUCGAUAGCAGUCUAGCAAAUGAUCGUUCGAGCAUAGAUGCUGGAGUGGCAUUAGCUUACGAGAUGAAAGAGGUUGUCGAAACUAUAAUUACGAAUGCCCUUGGUCGGGUGGAAAAUACUGCUGACAAGAAGGAACCAGCUGAUACGAAUCAGUCGCAGCAAAGUCACCAUCAACCUCACCACCAUCACGUACCCCAUCAACAGCAUCAUCAUCACGACGGAGAGGAGCAACCAAAAAUUAGUGUCGUAUCCGAGGCGAUGGAGGGCAUUGCUGGCGAGAAAAUUGUAGUUCUAAACGAGGCGCCAGGGAAUGAGGAGGACGAAGAACAACAGGAGGAUGACCAAGAUGAGGUGGAACAGGAACAUGAGGGUGGUGUUGUUAUAGUCGAAUCAAUUGAUUCACGCAACGUGAAAACGGACGUAUUGUUGCUCAACAAUAGUGCUGACAAUUCUUACGGUAGUGGGACAGUUGUAGCCGAAGACGGUGGCAUUGUUUCCUCCGACAUUGUUCUCCCACAGUCCGACGAUGUUCCAGCAGCUAAGCGGGCGGUUAACGUAUCCACCAAUACGCAGCAGCAGUUCGUUGAGUCCCUGGAACAGCCUAUCACCAGUGUGUCUAGCGGUGGUCAACCACCACCGCAAAGCCAACUGCCACAUCUUUCUCAAUCAAUCGCUGGCGGCAGCUAUAAAGGUGGCAAACGAUCCAAGGUCCCCUCGUCAAAUCGGCCAAUGUUUUCGCCCGGACCAACGCGACCACCGUUCCGUAUACCGGAAUUCAAAUGGUCCUACAUCCACCAGCGACUAUUGUCCGACGUCCUCUUUUCACUAGAAACCGACAUUCAGGUGUGGCGCAGUCACUCGACGAAAAGUGUGCUAGAUUUUGUCAAUUCGGCCGAAAAUGCCAUCUUCGUGGUCAACACCGUGCAUCUGAUAUCACAGCUGGCUGACAAUUUGAUCAUCGCUUGUGGAGGACUAUUGCCACUGUUAGCGAGCGCCACUUCACCCAAUUCCGAGCUCGACGUGCUUGAACCAACCCAGGGUAUGCCGCUUGAUGUGGCCGUUUCAUUUUUGCAGCGCCUCGUCAAUAUGGCCGAUGUUCUCAUCUUCGCCAGCUCACUUAAUUUUAGCGAGCUUGAGGCCGAAAAGAACAUGUCGUCGGGCGGCAUAUUGCGCCAGUGUUUGCGGUUGGUAUGUACAUGUGCGGUACGCAACUGUCUCGAGUGCAAGGAACGUACUCGCGGGCUGUACAACGGAAUGGCACUGAAGGAUAUUCCCGGCGGCGUGCACCUGCAGGCGCUCAUACGGGGGGCACAGUCGUCGUCGAAGACGAUUAUUGAAUCGUUGUCGGGGCCAAUGAGUCCGGUGAAGGACCCGGAGAAGCUGCUGCAGGACAUGGACAUAAACCGACUGCGGGCAGUCAUCUAUCGGGAUGUGAAACGACUCUUUCAGGAGGAAACCAAGCAAGCACAGUUCCUGUCGCUGGCGAUCGUUUACUUCAUUUCUGUGUUGAUGGUAUCCAAAUAUCGCGAUAUUCUCGAGCCACCGGUCGAGCUGCAGAUACAUAGGAACUCUUCUCCUGUUACACACCGUGCAACACCCGCAACGCAAGAAUCCAGCAAUCGGCCACUGUUUCCGCAGUGGUCUCAUCACGUCUACCCGCAGUUUCUUCCCGGGUCUCAUCCGAGCCACCAACCCACGGCUGCCGUUACUGGCGGGGUCGGUGGAGUUCAAGGAUCUUCGGCGCCUAGUAGUGGUGGUGUUUGUAGCAGUGGCAAUGUGCCCGUUCUGCACCACGGUAGCAACAACACCAUCAUCUCGUCGUCCUCGCAUACCAUCUCCUCCUCGUCGUCCGCUUUGGCCAACGCGAACAACAACAGUAAUCUCAUCAACAACAAUAGCACCAACACUAGCGCCAAUCCCAAGGACAAUGUCGGUGCGAGCGUGAACGGCUCGCUGCCACCGUUAUACUACAGUAGCGCUGUCAAUAACAACAACAACAACGGUCAAAGCGGUUUUACUGCGAUAGCACCAAGCGGCAACUGCACGCAAUCGAUGCAGGAGGGUGAUUACGAGGUAAUCGUGGUGGAUGAGAACAAUUCUUCCGUCAUUGCGGAUAACGAUUCUCACUCCAGCGGCCCGCUUUCGAUCAAGAGCGUCGAUUCCGAUGGGGGCUCGUUAAACCUUAACUCCACCGAGAACGAUCCGCAAGAGGUUGAAACUUCGAGCGAAAUCAUGCCGGAUGACAGCAAGCCGACCAACUCGAACGACGAAAGUUGGACCGACGUCAAUCUGAACGAUGACGUGACGACCGAUACGAAACCGCGCGCUGAAGUUGGUGCCAUCGGCGUCAUCAGUGGUGGUGCCGUUGUCGGUGGCCCUCCCGGCGUCGCUACCAGCAUUUCGUCAAUUCAACCGAUGGGUGCAGGCGAAGUACGCAAUGACGGCGUUGGUGGCGAACACAGCGCAACGGCUGGCGGCAAGCAUGAAUCGGACAUAGCCGUCGUGCGUGUCCCGGAUGGGUUCAGCCAUAUGGCACCUAACGUCUCGAACCGGAGCCGUGCUGAUGAUCUGAACCUGAAAGCCCCAUUCGUCGGACAAAUCCCACUUGCAAUAUCAUCGCGCGAAGCCAGCCUUACCCAGAAGCUGGAGGUUGCUCUCGGGCCGGUGUGUCCUUUGCUGCGCGAAAUCAUGGUCGACUUUGCACCCUUCCUUUCGAAAACGCUCGUCGGUUCGCACGGGCAGGAACUAUUGAUGGAGGGGAAGGGACUGACGACGUUCAAAAACAGCCACUCGGUGGUGGAGCUGGUAAUGCUGCUGUGCUCGCAGGAGUGGCAGAACAGCCUUCAGAAGCACGCGGGCCUCGCGUUCAUUGAGCUGAUCAACGAGGGUCGGCUUUUGUCUCACGCAAUGAAAGAUCACAUUGUGCGCGUUGCGAACGAGGCCGAGUUUAUUUUGAACCGGAUGCGGGCCGACGAUGUGCUGAAGCACGCGGAUUUCGAAUCGCAGUGCGCCCAGACACUGCUUGAGCGACGCGAAGAGGAGCGCAUGUGCGACCAUCUGAUUACUGCGGCGCGGCGCCGCGACAACGUGAUCGCUAGUCGGUUGCUCGAGAAGGUGCGCAACAUUAUGGGAAACCGGCAUGGUGCAUGGGGUGACAUGAACGCGAACUACCCGAAACAAAUUUUCUGGAAGUUGGACGCAUGGGAGGAUGAUGCCCGACGACGGAAGCGGUUGGUUCAGAACCCUCGUGGUAGCAGUCAUCCGCAGGCCACGCUCAAGGCGUCCCUCGAAAAUGGCACGGCCCUUAGUCCGGCUGGAGUGGCGACGACGACAGCGUCAAUAGCGGAUGACGGCGGGGUCGACGGUUGUGCAGCCGGUGGAAACCGUGUGGGAGCGAUGGCGAGAGAUGAAAUUUACUCGCAGAUCGCAGUGCCGCGCUCGCAGCAACCGGAUUUGCUGGAUGACUCCGAGCUGCUGAUCGAGGACCGUGAGCUCGAUCUCGACCUAACAGGACCGGUAAACAUCAGCACGAAGGCGAAACUGAUCGCACCAGGUGUAGUGGCCCCGGGAACGAUGUCAAUUACAUCUACCGAGAUGUAUUUCGAGGUGGACGAAGAGAAUGGCGAGUUUCAGUCGAUCGACACGGAAGUGCUGAAGUACUGCGACCAUCUGCACGGAAAAUGGUACUUUUCAGAGAUACGAGCCAUCUUCUCCCGUCGCUACCUGCUGCAGAAUGUAGCGCUGGAAAUUUUCCUCGCUAGCCGCACCUCAAUUUUGUUCGCCUUUCCCGAUCAGCACACGGUGAAGAAGGUGAUUAAAGCAUUGCCGCGCGUAGGUGUUGGCAUCAAGUACGGUAUUCCGCAAACCCGGCGUGCCUCGAUGAUGUCACCGCGCCAGCUGAUGCGCAAUUCGAACAUGACGCAGAAGUGGCAACGGCGCGAAAUAUCUAACUUUGAGUAUCUAAUGUUUCUUAACACUAUUGCCGGGCGAACGUACAACGACCUCAAUCAGUACCCUGUGUUUCCGUGGGUACUGACAAACUAUGAUACGCGCGAGCUCGAUCUUAGCCAACCGUCCAACUACCGCGAUCUGUCGAAGCCAAUUGGUGCGCUCAACCCAAGCCGGCGCGAGUAUUUCGAGGAACGAUACGAAACGUGGGACACACCAGGCAUUCCACCGUUUCACUACGGAACGCACUACUCAACGGCUGCGUUUGCCCUUAACUGGUUGAUACGGAUCGAGCCUUUCACGAGCAUGUUUCUCGCUCUGCAGGGUGGCAAGUUCGACCACCCGGAUCGGCUGUUCUCCUCGGUGGCCCUGUCAUGGAAGAACUGCCAGCGCGACACAUCCGACGUGAAGGAGUUGAUACCGGAGUGGUACUUCCUGCCGGAGAUGUUCUACAACGCGUCCGAUUAUCGUCUCGGGCAGCGGGACGACGGUAGUGUAGUUGGUGACGUCGAGUUGCCACCAUGGGCCAAAACGCCGGAGGAGUUUGUGCGCCUGAACCGUAUGGCACUCGAGUCAGAGUUCGUGUCGUGUCAGCUGCAUCAAUGGAUCGAUCUUAUUUUCGGCUACAAGCAGCGUGGCCCGGAAGCGAUGCGGGCAACGAACGUGUUCUAUUACCUCACGUACGAAGGCAGCGUGGAUCUGGAGACAAUCGGUGACCCGGUGACGCGGGAAGCGAUCGAAAAUCAAAUUAAAAACUUUGGCCAAACGCCAAGCCUGUUGCUGAUGGAACCGCAUCCACCGCGCUCGUCAGCCAUGCACCUGUCGCCGAUGAUGUUCAACACGAUGCCGGAUGACGUGUGUAUGUCGCUCAAGUUUCAUCUGAACUCGCCGAUCAUACACAUUUCGGCCAACACGUACCCGCAGCUACCAUUACCAUCGGUAGUGACGGUAACGGCCGGCCACCAGUUCGCGGUCAAUCGCUGGAACUGCCAGUACACUGCGAGCAUACAGAGCCCGAGCUACGCUGAAUCGACACAAAACCUGAACGCAAACUUGCCGUUAACGAUGGAUCCGUUACUGUCGCAAAUUAAUGGCCAUAACAGCAAUAGCAAUCACCAGAAUAGGCGUCACCUGGGAGACAACUUCAGCCAAAAGCUGCAGAUCAAGUCGAACUGCUACGUUACGACGGUCGAUAGCCGCUUUUUGAUCGCGUGUGGCUUCUGGGACAAUAGUUUUCGCGUUUUCUCCACCGAAACGGCCAAAAUCGUGCAAAUUAUUUUCGGUCACUUCGGUGUCGUUACGUGUUUGUCACGUUCGGAAUGCAACAUUACCUCCGACUGCUACAUCGCCUCCGGUUCGGCCGACUGCACCAUUUUGCUCUGGCACUGGAACGCACGGACACAGUCGAUUGUAGGCGAAGGCGAGAUACCAACUCCGCGCGCUACUCUCACCGGUCAUGAGACGGCAGUAACGUCUGUAGUCAUCAGCGCCGAGUUGGGGCUGGUUGUUUCAGGCUCCAUACACGGACCAGUAUUGGUGCACACGACGUUUGGUGAUUUGUUGCGCUCGUUAGAAGCACCAAAGGACUUCGUUUCACCGGAAAACAUAACGCUUUCGCGAGAGGGGUUUAUUGUCGUCAACUACGACGAAGGUAGUGUUGCUGCGUACACCAUCAAUGGAAAGUUGUUGCGUUACGAAUCGCACAAUGAUAAUCUUCAGUGUAUGCUACUAUCGCGUGACGGAGAGUAUUUGAUGACCGCGGGAAAUAAGGGAAUUGUGGAGGUGUGGCGUACCUUCAACUUGGCGCCUCUUUAUGCGUUUCCAGCUUGCAAUAGCGGCAUACGUUCACUUGCCUUAACGCACGAUCAAAAAUACCUGCUAGCUGGGCUGGCCACGGGAUCGAUAAUUGUUUUUCAUAUCGACUUCAACCGCUGGCAUCAUGAGUACCAGCAGCGCUACUGAAACUGACCAAUCCUCCAUGUGCAGCAUAAGGCCCC